AUGGCUGCUCCCGCGAAGAUUGAUCGUCAAACAACGACACCCUUCUUGUUGCGCCUCUUCUUCAAGCAGGGCUCAUUUAAUAGGCUAGAUGAGUUUGACCCAACACUACCACGUCUCCCAAGAAACGUCCAAAUCUACACAUGGCAGAGCUGUAGUCUGCGCGAGCUAUGCACGUUACUCCUCAGCGCAGUACCAACAUUACUGCCACAACCGUAUGUUGGGUCGCGCAUCGCAUUUCGGCUCGUAUACCCAGACAUCCAAGGCUCCAACCGGCCUGGCGCACCAGGACGCUUCAUAUCGCGAGACAUAGGCUCGGUCAUCGUAGGCGCACAAUCAAGAGAUGAGGACACCGAUAUGGAAGGCGCCGCCGAAGGAAAUGUUGCAGAGGCUCUCAAGCAGCUUGACGGCGACGCAGACAAGACAUUGUCCGACGUCAGGUUUAUGAUUGGCGACUAUGUGGCAUGUGCUAUACUCCCACCGCUACCCGACGGCAGUGUACCAGCUGCACCUCCGCCACUAUCUGGACCGGGCAGAGGACCUCCUUCAGGGCCAUACGGACGGGGACGCGAGAAUGGCUUCGGUGGACGGGGUGACUACGGCGGGUUUGGCAGAGGUGGCAGAGGAGGUGGAGGCAGAUUUGAUGAGGGGAGACUUAGUGGAGGUGUACCAUUUGGUGAAUGGAGGAGAGGUGAGGCACCGCCGGAGCGAGAGCCAGGCUUUGAGGAAGAGGAAGAGGACGAUGGUAGUGCCUUCAUUGCGCCCAAGCCAACGGCUUGCAAGACACAAAGUCAUCUUUUGAGACCAAUACUGUGA